UGUUGGUCAACAUGGUAUGGAUAUCUCCGACUCUUCUAAUUACCUGUGCGCAACAUCGGGAAACAAGGCACGCCCAAGCAAAUGAAGCAGCUUUACGGACGUCCUGUCCACCGGUGAGUUCACUGGGUGUGGAUCCGCAACGAUUAAAUCCCUUUCAUACAAUCACCUCAUUCGAGUCUCCCGGGGUGUUUCCCCGGACACCUAUAUCUAGUGCAUAAUCUGGGCUUCGGUAACGCGAUGACUAAUGUGAAUGUUGUUUAGGUCUUACGCAUUCACAAGGUGCAUUAGAGGACGAGAAGCGCAUCGCAUGAUUCACGUUCGAGGCACUAAAAUCAUGAACUUUUUACGAG